CGCGUCGGGGCCGCGCUCCUGGAGGUGGCGCGCGGGACCGUGGCGCUUCCGGCAGCGGGAGGCGGCGCCGAGCGGGACUGAGCGGCGCGGGUGGCGGCCGGGGAGGCGGAUCUGGGACGAUGUCUGGGGAAGUGCCACCCAACAUUAACAUCAAGGAGCCUCGAUGGGACCAGAGCACGUUCAUUGGCCGAGCCAGUCACUUCUUCACAGUUACUGAUCCCAGAAACAUCCUUUUAACGAAUGAACAGCUAGAGAAUGCGAGGAAAGUGGUGCAUGAUUACAGACAAGGAAUCGUUCCUGCCGGCCUCACAGAAAAUGAGCUAUGGAGAGCGAAGUACGCGUAUGACUCGGCCUUCCAUCCUGACACGGGCGAAAAGAUGACUCUGAUAGGAAGAAUGUCCGCUCAGGUCCCGAUGAACAUGACCAUCACGGGCUGCAUGAUGACCUUCUACCGGACCACACCGGCUGUGCUCUUCUGGCAGUGGAUAAACCAGUCCUUCAAUGCCGUGGUCAACUACACCAACAGAAGCGGCGACGCUCCCCUCACUGUAAAUGAGCUGGGAACAGCUUAUGUUUCUGCAACCACUGGCGCUGUGGCGACGGCCCUUGGACUCAAUGCCUUAACCAAGCGUGUCUCGCCACUGAUAGGACGUUUUGUUCCCUUCGCUGCUGUAGCUGCUGCUAACUGCAUUAACAUCCCGCUGAUGAGACAACGGGAGCUCAAGGUUGGGAUUCCUGUCACUGAUGAAAACGGCACGCGCUUGGGAGAGUCGACCAACGCAGCAAAGCAAGCUAUCACUCAGGUGGUCGUCUCCAGGAUCCUCAUGGCGGCCCCGGGCAUGGCCGUCCCUCCGUUUAUCAUGAACACCUUGGAAAAGAAAGCCUUUUUGAAGAGGUUCCCGUGGAUGAGUGCACCAAUUCAAGUCACGUUGGUUGGCUUUUGUUUGGUGUUCGCCACUCCCCUAUGCUGCGCUCUGUUUCCUCAGAAGAGUUCCAUGUCUGUGACAAGUUUGGAGGAUGAGUUGCAAGCCAGCAUCCAAAAGAGCCAUCCUGAAAUCCGGCGUGUGUACUUUAACAAGGGCCUGUGAAGCCAAGAUCAAGCAAGCACCAGAGGCCGAGGCCGGAGCCAUCUGGGAGCCUCGCCAAGCCACAGCAGUGAGGAGAUAUGUGUGCCGGGGCACUCCCAGCUACAAAAGCCUCUGCGGGAUCUGCGCUAGAGACAAGCUGCCGGCCAGGAGCCUGACAUUUGAAUCAUGUUGUAAUUUACAAAAAAUACCCUUCUGGUAGAUUUUAAUAACUCUGUUUUUCCAAAGCCCUCACCUUGAGCUUUCAAAAGCACUGGUAUCCAUAGUCUAGAUGCUCCAGUUACACAGUAAACAUUGGCUAUCAAUCAUUGAAAAGGAUACCUGCUCAACUACCAGAUUCCACUUCUACUUCUCUUCCACAGAGGUCUCAGCAAUGAAUUGGGAAAACACAAAAGGUCUAAGACUAAAUAUCCAAAUUUAAAUACUAAGGAAACUUUGUCUCCAGUUUGUCAAUGGACCACUCUGAGGUAGAACCUUAAUUUUUUUAAAAAAAAUGGAAGGUUCAGAGCAUAGACACUCCACACACAUCCCUGUAGUCAGCCACAGACCCGGGGAGGGUGCCUUCCCUGCAGUCCUGGAUUCUCUUGGUUAACUUUUCAAUUUAUUUAGUGUCCUUAAAAUAUUAAUCUUACCUCACAGGUACUUUAAUCAUGAAUUUCCAUCAAAUAAUGAACUGAAAUGUACAAAUGCCAGGUAUUAGGACUAUAUUCAGUGCCGGUACAAUAUGACAUUACUGAGUGUUUUAUUCAGAAGUGAAACCAUAGUCCUUUUUUUUUUUUUUUUUUUGUCAUCCUUGUAGAAUUAUUGGGCUUUCAGGAAGAUAGAAAGAAAACCAUUUGAAGACCAUGAAAGCUGUGUGGCAUGUCCACAUCUCUGUAGUGAUUUUUACAUGUGAUAUAUUCAGUAUAGCUGAGGCAGCUUUGGAAGUCUAUGACUGUUCCAUGUCAUAGACAAGCCACUUGCUACACUGAGUGAAAAAUCACUAUUAAUUCAGAGAUUUGUAUGUGGGAAAACAACAACAACAAAAUAGAGACUGUCUAGUUUCUGUAGAAACGUUUUUCCCAAUAAUGUUUCCAGAUCGAAUUUUCUCAUAAAGAAAAAAUGGUGUGCCUUGUGUCUGCGCUUCUCUCUCUGAAAGGAAAGAUGGAUCCGAAGCUCUCGGCCCUCCCCCACGCUGCUGGCAUCUUCUGUCGAGCUGACUGACAAGCCACCUGAAACGCAGUGGCUCCCUGUGACACUCUGGCCUCGGGUGAGCCUCGCUGCCUUCAGUGCUUCUGUUUAAACAGUGGUGAGAGCCUGGCGGUCAAGGCAGAGUCCAUGGGUGCUUAAAGGACACUUUCAGAAGAAGCUGAACCUUGAGGUCUGCCCACCCAGCCAAUCUCAGAGUCCUUGCCCCAGUGCGAGUGUAGCUCUAGGAACAUGAAGUAGCUGGUUGUAAAAUGGACCAACACACCAAGUGUCAGCCCAGGUAGCGAGAAAUGCGCAGUACACAUGGAGCUGGGCUCCUUUAAAUUUGUUUUGUGAAGUUUCAGCCUCUUAAUGCUUUUGGAUAGGAAUACUCACUGUGUGGUUUAAUCAUGAUUUAUAUAUAUAUAUAAAAAAUGAACAAAUGAAUGAAAAUUGUCAAUCUUUGCUGCUCUUCGAAAAAUGCUUUUUUUUUCUGAAGAAAAAAAGCCACAUGAAGUGCAAUAAGGUUGUGCGGUGACUUGUUGAUAUUUCUCUGAUGCGAGAUAGAAUUGUGUGCGUGUGACUGGCUAGCAGCUAUCAGUAUUAGCGAGGUCUCUUGCCGAUAUCAGAGUCAGUGUGUCAUUUCAGUUUAACUGGAUGAACUGUCAAAUAAAUGCAGAAUGAAAACAAA